GACAGACCAACAAAGAGUAUCUUCCUGCCCACUACUCAUUAUUCUCCUUCUACCCCUCUCUCACUGCCUCACCGCUUUUGUGAGGUUUGGUGGCUGAUCCACUUCUAUGACGUCCUCAAAGCUCGCUCUUCUUGGCCUUCUCUUUGCCCUAAUUUCCACCAGUAUUAGGGCCGACGUCUCUAUUGAACAUGGAGGCGAGCCCGUUGGAUCAGACCGCUCUGAUUCGUCCGCCUUGAAGAUCGAACUCGACCAACUCAACUCUAAGAUCCACCAACUUGAGCAUCACAUUGAGGGAAAAUCUCAAGAAUUGAAAACUAAGGAUGACUUGAUAGCACAGAAGGAGAAAGUCAUUCAAGAGAAGUCUGGUAGCAUUGCAUCUUUGCAAAGUGAAGUAUCCUCCCUUCAGAAAAAGAGGAAGAUUGAUGCUGCAGAGCAGGUUGGAAAGGCUCAUGCUCGUGUUGAUGAACUGGAAAAGCAGAUUGAUGAACUGAAAAAGGAAUUGGAAACACGAGAAAAUGAGAAAGAUGUCUUGAAAUCCCGGGCUAGUGAAGCAGAGAAGAAAGCGAAGGAACUGAAUUCCAAACUAGAGAAUCUUCAAAAGAUUAAUGAUGAGCAGAAGAGCAAAAUCCGUAAGACAGAGCGUGCUCUUAAAGUUGCGGAGGAAGAGAUGAUGAAGGCAAAGCUGGAGGCCACUUCAAAAAGUAGAGAAUUGACAGAGGUUCAUGGUGCAUGGCUUCCAUCCUGGCUUGCAGUUCAUUUGAUUCAUUGUCAGUCCUUCCUGGAAACUCAUUGGAAUGAGCUUGGAAAGCCUUCAAUGGAUUUGGCAUAUCAGAAGGCCCUGGAAAAGAAGGCUCAAGCUGAGAAGUGGGCUAAGCCCCACAUGGAGACUAUUAAGACUAAAUGGAUCCCUGCUACGAAGGAGCAAUUUUUGGUGAUGAAAACACAAGUUGAACCACAUGUGCAAUCCAUAACUACCAAAACAAUUGAAGUGUAUGAGGUUUCGAAGGCUGCAAUAACUCCCCAUGUUGUCAGAGUACAAGAAGUAGUGGAUCCUUACUUUCAGGAAGCUAAGAAAUUUAGUAAGCCAUAUAUUGAUCAAGUUGCCACUUUGACAAAGCCUCACCUUGAUAAAGUACGUGCAGUUUUGAAGCCAUAUAUGAAAGAGAUAGUUCUUGCUUAUGGGAAGUUCUUAGAAUCUGCUUCCACACACCAUCAUCAGGUACAAGGUAAUGUGCAAGAAAUCCUGAAAAAACAUGAGUUGACGAGAACACUUGCAACUAAAGAGUUGGUGUGGUUUGUGGCUUCUGCUUUGUUGGCCCUUCCAAUCAUCAUUUUGUCCAGGAUAUGUUCAGCCAUUUUCUGCAAUAAGGCAAAGAAACCUGUUCGAAAUGCUCAUUCCAAUCACUCCCGUCGCAAGGCCAAGAGGGGGCAUCCUGACAAGUAGAGUCCAGAGUAUUUUCUGGGCCUGUUUUCUUUGGGGAAUAUAGACGGAAGUUUAUUUCAAUUUUGCAGAAUGCAGGAAGUACCUGUGUGCUCUUGGCAAGGGCUUUUGGGGGCUACGGAGUACCAUGGUUGAUGGACCCUGAUUGAUGUUUUUUGAAGCUCCUGCUCUUUUGUUUUCGUCCUUUUUAGAUCUUUUCACACUAGACAGACAAUUAGAUAUCCAGAUACAUCGAGUAAUGUGGUGUUUGAGACUUAGAGUUGUAAUUUGAUUAUUGAUUUUUCUUGAUUCCUCGAUAUAUCUAUCACCUUUACACAAUUGGGGGAAAGAAGGGGUACCCUAU